UUCUCUCUCGCUCACUCAGCUGUGUGGUGUGUGGUCGUCGGUGUGCGUGAGGGCGAAAAUGAAAACUGGUGGAUCAACUGUCCACUGCUUUGUUGUGUCAUUAAUUUAUCUUUGUGCAUCGGUACUCCGUACGAGCGCUUAUACAGAUGGAGACAAGGUGGUCCUCUACGUGAACAAGGUGGGGCCGUACUUCAACCCGCAUGAGACUUACCACUACUACCAACUACCUGUUUGCAGGCCAGAUAAGAUUGUUCAUCGCAGCCUCUCUCUGGGCGAAGUGCUCGAUGGCGAUCGGAUGGCGGAGUCUCUGUACGACAUCAAAUUCAAAGUUCCGAUUGAAAAACAGCAGUUGUGCACGGUUCACCUUUCCGUUGCCGAUUUCAACCAGCUGAAAGCAGCUAUCGAAGAUCUCUAUUACUUCGAAUUUGUCAUUGACAGUCUUCGACUAUGGGGCUUCAUCGGCCAUUUGGAAGAGGGCUCGUUCAUUCCACACAAGCACAAAGUGUAUCUGUGGACGCAUCUCACUUUCAACAUCGAGUACAAUGGCGAGAAGGUAAUCUCUGCAAAUGUCACAGUGAGGGAGAAGCCUCCCCUGAACCUCGAUGACCUUACGGCUCCACUGGACAUCAGUCACACUUACUCAGUGCGAUGGCUGCCUACAAAUGCCACAGAGAGAGAUCAAGAGAACUUUGCCAAAGGCCACCCUUUCUUUCCUCAAACCCUGGAGAUUCAUUGGCUUUCUGUGAUCAACUCUGCCGUGCUCAUUGUUCUCCUGCUGGGCUUCAUUGUGGUCAUCCUGGCUAGGGUUUUGAAGAACGACUUUGCCCGCUACAGUGCAUCUGAAGGCAAGUCCGAGCUGGACAUUGAAGAAUACGGCUGGAAGAUAAUUCAUGCUGACGUGUUCCGGAUUCCUCCUUACAAGAACAUUCUCUGCGCCAUCUUGGGUGUUGGGACCCAGUUUCUUUGCAUCGUUGCGGGCAUCCUCCUGAUGGCACUACUGAGCAUAUUUAAUGUGCACAACCACGGCUCAAUGAACACAGCAAUCUGUGUCCUUUAUGCUCUCACCUCAUUCAUUGCUGGAUAUGUUUCUGCUCGAAUGUACAGGCAGAUGGGAGGUGUCCACUGGGUCACAAAUGUGAAUCUUGUGUCUUGUCUGUUCUUUGUUCCCUUGUUUGUGGUGUGGAGCGUGCAAAACUCCACUGCGUGGAUUUAUCAAUCGACCCAGGCUCUUCCUGCGACAACAGUGUUGAUCCUCCUCACCAUAUGGAUGUGCUGCGGCUACCCACUGACUGUUGUCGGUGGUAUUUUGGGCAAGAACUGGGCAGGCCAUUUUGAUGCCCCAUGUAGGCCCAAGCUAAUCGCAAGAGGGGUUCCUCCAGUUCCGUGGUAUCAUUCAUCAGCUCUGCACUGCUUUAUCGGGGGGUUCCUACCCUUUAGCGCUAUUUCCGUUGAGCUCUACUACAUCUUCUCUACUGUGUGGGGUCGUGAGCAAUACACCCUGUAUGGGAUUUUGCUUCUUGUGGCCCUCAUCCUGUUGAGUGUCACAGCCAGCAUUUCUGUGGCUCUCACCUACUUCCAGCUGGCUUCAGAGGAUUACAAUUGGUGGUGGAGGUCCAUCUUUAUUGGAGGAUCGACAGGAGCCUUUGUGCUCUGCUAUGCAGUUUUCUUCUACUUCUUCCGUUCCAACAUGGGAGGCACCCUGCAGACAGUGGAGUUCUUUGGCUACACGCUUCUAACCUGUUACGUGUUCUUCCUCACCCUGGGCACCGUCAGCUUCUUUGCCUCCUGUAGGUUUGUCAAGUACCUGUACAGCAGCAUCAAGAUGGAUUAAGUGAUCCAGCUAGGUUUGGUGUUGUUGUCCUCAUGCGAUGUUGUGGGAUGCAUGGCUGAUGUGGACUUUGUUGCAUUUUGAAAGAGUUUGGUAGAGGUGCAUCUGGUGAUCAAAUAUAUGAAGAUGUGCUUUCGGAAAGUUCUGUCGCUUAUUAUUCUCAGUGUGCUGUGUUUGCGCUUCAUUUUGUUUUGUUGUGGGCACCUUGCAAGCUGUCACUCACGUGUGUAGUUUUUCGAGGACGUCUGGAUGACGCCACUUUGUUAUCUUGGAGGGUACUGCCAUUAAUCAUCCUCGAGGUCAUAUCAUUGUUGCGGUAUUUAUUGUGCUCGUUACGUGUUUUAAGUUUGAAAGUUUUAUUUGCAAACGUUUGUGCCUGAUUGGGCUACUUGUAAAAUAUAGGUGUGCACACCACACCGUGACAGAGUUGCCAAUUAUGUACAGUGUUGUGGAACAACAAAGAGACAAAGCUAGGCUUAUGUGUCAUUAAGUACAAAGUACGUACCUACUUUAGUCACGCCUGUAAUAUUAUCGAACGGCCAAGUGGCAGGAAAAGUAGAAUUUUGCAAAAUGUAGCAUACAAGCCCUGAGUCAAGAUGGCUAUUUAGUAUUUAGAUGCACGACAAGUAGUUUCCUGAGGGGAAAUUGGCGCAUUACUGAUAAUCAUGCUGGUAAAUAGUAAUCGGUAUGAUAAUGGACAUGCAUAAGAUUUUCUCUUGCUUGCUUACAAAAUUUAUUUGGGAAAAACCAGGAUGUCCCCAGUUUCUUUCUGCAUUAGGUGCACUCGUUCUCAGUGGUGAGACCCUAUGCCUGGUGCUUUCCGUGUACGUGUGCAGUUGUGCAUUAAGGUUGCUUGAUCGUGAUACUCUUCAUAUGCAGGUAAUGGUAUAUAACCAAACAUUCCUUUUACGUAGCUUGUUUCCUUUCUGUUCGUAACUAUACAGGGUGCUUCUUUUUUUUAUCUGCAACGUUCUUCUUUCUUUCUUUCUUUUUUCUUUUUCUUAUUAUAGCUGUGAGAGCAGCAUGGAUGCCAUUUUUGCAGUUGAGUUAUCCGACCGGGCGGACAUCCAAUCAAAGAGAGUAUGUAAAUAGUAGAUGACUAAAUGCCUAGAAUUCAUGAAUUAACUGAUUUGGGGUUUUCGGGCAGAAGUGAGUUAACGGAAUGAGAAUUGCGUAGAUAAGGAGCACAGGGAGCACUGUGCUCAUUCCAUGUUGGAGUAGGUGGGUGCUGAUCCGCUGGCCAGAUCAACUGCUUUGCGGAACACACAGGCCUUCGACGGUGACAGUGAUGCGCUCCUGAGGUGCAUAGUUUUGGUUUCAGACAUUUGCGUAGCGGAAUUCAGCGUAUUUCAGUGAAAGUGGUCUUUCCGAAUUCUUGCAAAAUUAGUGGGUUAACGAAUUUUUGGGAACUUAGUCAUAAUCCUGGCGAUAUAACACCAACUACAAAAAUGGCAUCUAUGUGUUGCGGAUAAGAAAAAAACACUCUGUAUAACUGCCACUUGUGCAGUCACAGCAGGGUGCUAGCAUCUGGCAUGGUUUGCGUAUGACUGUUCUAAGUCAGCUACCUUUAUAUGGAAAUGCUUGUUCACUGUGUACGGAGACUAGAAAUGCCAUUCAUUCCAUGAGCUAUUUAAAACAUGCUGCAUUUUGUAUCAUCUCACCACGGCCCAUCAGUUUGACUAUGACCAGAUGGGUUUUCGAAGUCGAUGAGACGUGAUUACAACUCGCAGAGUCGUAUUUCUGUGAUGAUUUCGAUUACUCACUACCAGUGUAUAGACGGCAUGUCGGACAUUUUUCACUAGUCAGUUACUGCAUCACCUGAAAUGCAAUAAAACCGGUUGAUUAUCA